AUGCAGCGCGGAUGGCGCGCUCUGCGGGCGCUCCGCAGUCUGGCGCCCCCGGUCGAGCGCGGUGCGGAGUGGGCUGCUCCGUGGCGGGUGUGCAGUGCCAGCCGCUCGUUUGCCGCCAAGCUGCACCCGCCCACGGACAAGGAGCGGCAGUCGAGGGCGCCGAUCCGCAACAUAGGCAUCAGCGCGCAUAUCGACAGCGGGAAGACGACGCUCACGGAGCGCAUUUUGUACUACACGGGGCGGAUUACGGACAUCCAUGAGGUCCGCGGGAAGGACGGCGUGGGGGCGAAGAUGGACUCGAUGGAGCUGGAGCGCGAGAAGGGCAUCACGAUCAAGUCCGCGGCGACGCACUGUCGGUGGGGCGACAACGUGAUCAACAUCAUCGACACGCCGGGGCACGUGGACUUCACCAUCGAGGUGGAGCGCGCCCUGCGCGUGCUGGACGGCGCGGUGCUCGUCCUGUGCUCCGUCGGCGGCGUGCAGAGCCAGACGAUCACGGUCGACCGCCAGAUGCGUCGCUACAACGUCCCGCGGCUGUGCUUCAUCAACAAGUGCGACCGCGCGGGCGCCGACCCGUUCCGCGUCAUCGCGCAGGUCCGCGAGAAGCUCAAGCUCAACGCGGCGGCCGUGCAGUACCCGAUCGGCCUGCAGGACCAGCACCAGGGCGUGGUCGACCUCGUGCGCAUGAAGGCGUACGGCUUCGAGGGGCCCAAGGGCGAGCAGGUGGUCGAGGUGGAGUGGCCCGCGCACCUCGACGAGGGCAUCCGCGAGGCGCGGUCGGCGCUCGUGGAGGCGCUCGGCGAGGUGGACGAGGGCAUCGCGGACAAGUUCUUGAUGGAGGAGGAGGUGGGCGGUGAGGAGCUGGCCGGGGCGAUCCGGCGCGGGGUGCUGGCGCGGUCGUUCGCGCCGGUGUUCAUGGGGUCGGCGUACAAGAACAAGGGCGUGCAGCUGCUGCUGAACGGCGUCGUGGACUACCUGCCCAACCCGCUGGAGGUGGCCAACACCGCGCUGGACGCGCAGGCCGGGGAGGCGGAGCUGACGCUGCCCGGGUCGCCGUCGGGGCCGAUGGUGGCGUACGCGUUCAAGCUGGAGGAGUCGCGGUUCGGGCAGCUGACGUUCAUGCGGAUGUACAGCGGCACGCUGACCAAGGGCGACACCAUGCUCAACGUCACCACGGGGAAGCGCGUGCGGGCGUCGCGGCUGGUGCGGAUGCACAGCGACGACAUGGAGGACAUCGACAAGGCGCAGGCGGGCGACAUCGUCGCGCUCUUCGGCGUGGACUGCGCGUCGGGCGACACGUUCACCGACGGCACCGUGCGCUACAGCAUGUCCUCGCUCUUCGUGCCGGAGCCCGUCAUGAGCCUCGCGAUCACGCCCAAGGACCGCGGCUCCAUGACCGCGUUCUCCAAGGCCAUCAACCGCUUCGUGCGCGAGGACCCCACCUUCCGCGUCGAGUUCAACGAAGAGUCGAGCCAGACCAUCAUCAAGGGCAUGGGCGAGCUGCACCUCGAGAUCUACGUCGAACGCAUGCGCCGCGAGUACGGCGCGGACUGCAUCGUCGGCAACCCGCGCGUGUCCUACCGCGAGGCGCUCCGCCAGCGGUCCGACUUCAACUACCUGCACAAGAAGCAGUCGGGCGGGCAGGGGCAGUUCGGCCGCGUCAUCGGGUACAUCGAGCCGCUCCCGGAGGGGCACCCGACCAAGUUCGAGUUCGAGAACGGCAUGGUCGGGAACAACAUCCCGCCGAACUUCAUCCCGGCCAUCCAGAAGGGCUUCGAAGAGGCGGUGGGCAUGGGCCACCUGGUCGGGCACCCGGUCGAGGGCGUGCGCGUGGUGCUGCUCGACGGGCAGUCGCACCCCGUGGACUCGUCCGAGCUCGCGUUCAAGAUCGCCGCGGCCAACGCCUUCCGCGAGGCAUACGCCGGCGCCGCGCCGGUGAUCCUGGAGCCGGUGAUGGAGGUCGAGGUGCGCACGCCCGCGGAGUUCCAGGGGACCGUGAUGUCCGACCUCGUCAAGCGCAAGGGCGUCAUCGUGGACUCGACGCAGGAGGCCGACGACUGCGUCCUCAUGGUCCGCGUGCCGCUCGUGGAGAUGUUUGGGUACUCGACGGCGCUGCGGUCCAUCACGCAGGGCCAGGCGGAGUUCAGCAUGGAGUACGCGCAGCACUCCCCCGUCGGAUCCGACGUGCAGGCCGACCUCAUCGCAAAGUACCAGGCCGCUGGCGGACGGGCCGCGCAGCGCGGGGAGGCGGGAGUGAUUGCCGCGUGUGAGUGA